CAUCAUUUUCGAUUAAGACAGGAACAGAAAAGACUUCAAGCUAUCGAACAGCAACAAAAACAAAAUGCUGAGAAUUUAUUCGAAAAAUUUGCUGAUAUCGAUGAUGUGCCAAAAAAGAUUGCCACAUCAAACUUUUAAACGAUAUAACAAUUCUAACAGUAGCGGAUCUUCAUGGAAGAUUUUACGCCUCAAUCACAUAGCCAUCGCCAGUAAAACUAUCGAAGAAUCGUCAACAUUGUACAAGGAUAAAUUUCGGAUGGAAACUUCGGAUAAACAUGCUCAACCAGAUCACGGUGUCAAUACUAUGUUUGUUGAUUGUGGUAAUACCAAAAUCGAACUUCUCGACCCGAUAGCCGAUUGCAAAAGUCCAAUCGAAAAUUUUUUAGAUAAAAAUCCUACAGGUGGCAUUCACCAUCUUUGUUUCGAAGUAGAUAAUCUUGAUGCCGCUUGUCUUGAUUUACGUCAACGUGGUUUACGUUUAUUAUCGGAUCGUCCGAAAAUUGGUGCUCAUGGCAAACCUGUUAUAUUCUGUCAUCCAAAAGAUUGUUCCGGCGUACUCAUUGAAUUAGAACAGGCUUAGAUAUUAGUCAAAAAAAAAUAAAACAAAAUUGGAAUGCCAA